AUGGCUGAUAUCUGGACUCUGUUAUUGUCCCCUGUUCCUGAAAUUAAAAAUGUCCAAAGAAGAAAUUUUAGCUUGAGAAGAGAAACCCCAAGGUUUAGCACUGCUGCAUUGACAGAGGAACUAGUCAUCCCACCAGUUCAGGUGAAUUACACCCAGCUUCUGAUCAAUGGCAAAUUUGUGGACUCAGCAUCAGGAAAAACAUUUCCAACUUUUGACCCUCGGACAGGAGAGGUUAUUGCCCAUGUUGCCGAAGGGGAUGCGGAGGAUAUCAAUCGUGCAGUUUCUGCUGCCCGGAAGGCAUUCGAUGAGGGACCUUGGCCUAAAAUGACUGCUUAUGAAAGGUCACGAAUAAUGUUGCGAUUCGCUGAUUUGGUUGAGAAACACAGUGAUGAGCUUGCAGCUCUGGAGACAUGGGAUAAUGGGAAACCUUAUGAACAGGCUUCCCAAGCUGAAUUGCCUAUGCUUGCGCGUCUAUUUCGCUAUUAUGCUGGUUGGGCAGACAAAAUCCAUGGAUUAACGGUUCCUGCUGAUGGACCAUACCAUGUGCAGACUUUGCAUGAACCAAUUGGUGUAGCAGGACAGAUUAUUCCAUGGAACUUUCCUCUUCUCAUGUUUGCUUGGAAAGUUGGACCUGCACUUGCUUGUGGCAAUACUAUUGUUCUAAAGACUGCAGAGCAAACUCCAUUGACAGCUCUUUAUGUAGCAAAUCUAUUCCAUGAGGCUGGGCUUCCUCCUGGUGUUCUAAAUAUAAUUUCUGGCUUUGGUCCAACUGCUGGUGCGGCUCUUGCUAGUCAUAUGGAUGUUGACAAGCUUGCUUUCACAGGAUCAACUGAAACUGGCAAGAUUGUACUCGGAUUGGCUGCAAAAAGCAAUCUGAAGCCAGUGACGUUAGAGCUUGGAGGGAAAUCACCUUUUAUUGUAUGUGAGGAUGCUGACAUUGAUAAAGCUGUGGAGCUUGCACAUUUUGCUCUUUUCUUUAAUCAGGGCCAAUGUUGCUGUGCUGGUUCUCGCACAUACGUGCAUGAAUGUGUAUACGAUGAGUUUAUUGAAAAAUCAAAAGCACGUGCUAUGAAACGUAUAGUUGGUGAUCCCUUCAAGAAGGGUGUGGAACAAGGUCCUCAGAUCGAUACAGAGCAAUUUGAGAAGGUUCUCCGUUACAUAAGAUCUGGGAUUGAAAGCAAUGCUACUCUCGAGUGUGGAGGUGGACGACUAGGCUCCAAAGGCUUCUUUAUCCAACCCACUGUUUUCUCGAAUGUUCAGGAUGAUAUGCUCAUAGCAAAGGAUGAAAUUUUUGGCCCGGUGCAGUCCAUCUUGAAAUUCAAGGACCUUGAUGAAGUGAUAAAAAGGGCGAACACAACACGCUAUGGUCUAGCAGCAGGAGUGUUUACCAAGAAUGUGGACACUGCCAACACCUUGUCACGGGCACUGAAAGCUGGGACUGUUUGGGUUAAUUGCUUCGAUGUUUUUGAUGCUGCAAUUCCUUUUGGGGGGUACAAGAUGAGUGGUAUUGGUAGGGAAAAGGGUAUCUACAGCCUCCAUAACUAUUUGCAGGUGAAAGCUGUUGUUACUCCUUUGAAAAAAGCAGCAUGGUUGUGA